AUGGCAGCAAUCGAUACCAGUAAGAUCUACGUCCUUAAAAAUAGCUACACAGCUACGAACAAAAUACUUGCUAUGACUUCAAGCGAUGGCUCCCUCUCUAUGAUUGACGCGCAUAGCGUUGGUCCUAAUGCCCUGUGGCUCCUUACCCCGACAACCAUGACCAACUACUAUCGCCUUCACACAAUUGCCAAUGGCGUGAAGCAGUCGCUCGACGUUAUUAAUGACGGAGUGGAAAACAUCAAUCUCCACAUGACCGGUACUGGUAACUACUCGGGUCAGUUUUGGAGAUUCGACAACUGGACUCCAGGCGGCCAGGGUUAUCCAUACCGCCUGAGCAAUACCUUUACAGGACAAGAUAAGCACUUGGACGUAUACUCGGAUACGCUUGUUGCUCAUCUCGCCGGCGGCAACCAUAGCGGGCAGCACUGGGAGCUUAUUUCUGCAAGCACUGUUGCGGCAUCCACAGAUGCUCCCACUACGUCCUAA